AAUUCCGGGCAAGUUUGAACCUCUUCCCUUGCCGUACUGUCUGCGGCCGGAAGAGGCUCUACAGCAUGUUUUAGGUUUCCGGGAGAGGGUUGGACUUAGUACCAUGUGGGAGCUGCUGUGAAGAGUUGUUGCAUUCCAAGGUAUACCCGAAUUCCCAAUUCCGGGUAAGGAGGAGCACAGAGCCGCUUGAUGUGGCUGCGGAUGGGGGCAGCAGAGCGAGGGAGGCCCGUGUCAGUAACACUCCGCUGGCGUGAGAGAUGACGUCCUUAGCCCAGCAGCUCCAACGACUUGCCCUCCCUCAAAGUGAUCCCAGCCUCUUCUCCAGAGAUGAAGUUGCCUCUUUGUUGUUUGGCCCUAAGGAAGCGGCCACCAUCGACAGGGACACCGCCUUUGCCAUUGGAUGCACUGGCCUGGAAGAAUUGCUUGGACUUGAUCCUUCCUUUGAGCAGUUUGAAGCACCGUUGUUCAGUCAGCUAGCAAAAACCUUGGAGCGAAGCGUUCAGACCAAAGCAGUAAACAAACAGCUGGAUGAAAGCAUUUCAUUAUUCCUGAUUCACUUGUCGCCUUACUUUCUGCUUAAGCCAGCGCAGAAGUGCCUGGAGUGGUUGAUUCAUAGGUUCCAUAUACAUCUUUAUAAUCAAGAUAGCCUCAUUGCUUGUGUUCUGCCAUACCAUGAGACAAGAAUAUUUGUGCGAGUCAUACAGCUGCUAAAAAUUAAUAAUUCAAAGCACAAAUGGUUCUGGCUGUUGCCAGUUAAGCAAUCUGGAGUGCCCUUAGCUAAAGGAACUUUGAUUACCCACUGCUACAAAGACCUUGGAUUCAUGGAUUUCAUUUGUAGUUUGGUGACAAAAUCUGUGAAGGUUUUUGCUGAGUACCCGGGCAGCUCAGCUCAGUUGAGGGUGCUCUUGGCUUUCUAUGCUUCUACCAUGGUGUCGGCGCUGGUAGCUGCGGAAGACGUAUCAGACAAUAUCAUCGCCAAAUUAUUUCCCUAUAUCCAAAAGGGAUUGAAAUCAUCUUUACCAGAUUACAGAGCUGCAACAUAUAUGAUAAUAUGUCAGAUUUCUGUGAAAGUGACAAUGGAAGAUACCUUUGUGAAUUCAUUGGUGUCACAGAUCAUCAAAACAUUGACCAAGAUUCCCUCUUUGAUCAAGGAUGGAUUAAGUUGCUUGAUAGUACUCCUGCAGAGACAGAAGCCAGAAAGCCUUGGCAAAAAGCCAUUCCUUCAUUUGUGUAAUGUUCCUGAUCUUAUUACAAUACUUCAUGGGAUUUCUGAAACCUACGAUGUCAGUCCGCUUCUGCGUUACAUGCUUCCCCAUCUGGUUGUCUCCAUCAUUCAUCAUGUUACAGGAGAAGAAACUGAAGGGAUAGAUGGUCAAAUCUACAAGAGCCACUUAGAAGCUAUACUUACAAGAAUAUCACUGAUGUACAACUUAGACCAUUUGUUGGCUAGCCUUCUAUUUGAAGAGUAUAUUUCAUAUAGUUCACAGGAAGAAAUGGAUUCUGAUAAAGUGUCUUUGCUUAAUGAACAGUUUCUUCCACUCAUUAGGCUUUUAGAAAGCAGAUACCCCAGAACAUUAGACGUUGUAUUGGAGGAACACCUAAAGGAAAUUGCAGACCUGAAAAAACAAGAGCUUUUUCACCAGUUUGUUUCCCUUUCUACAAGUGGAGGAAAAUAUCAGUUUUUAGCAGAUUCGGAUACUUCUUUGAUGCUCAGUCUGAAUCAUCCACUUGGUCCUGUGAGACUUCUGGCCAUUAAUCAUUUGAAAAAUAUCAUGAAAACAUCAAAGGAGGGUGUUGAUGAGUCUUUCAUAAAAGAAGCUGUUUUAGCCCGAUUAGGUGAUGAUGAUAUAGAUGUUGUUUUGGCGGCAGUAAGUGCUUUUGAGAUUUUCAAAGAACACUUUAGUUCAGAAGCGACGAUUUCAAAUCUUCUGAAUCUCUUUCAAAGAGCAGAACUUUCAAAGAACAGAGAAUGGUACAAGGUACUUAAGAUAGCAGCUGACAUAUUAAUUAAAGAAGAGAUACUGAGUGAAAAUUUUCAGUUGUCAAAUCAGGUGGUUAUACAUUUAUUGCCAUUUAUGGUCAUCAAUAAUGAUGAUAUGGAAUCUGCUGAGAUGAAAAUUGCUAUAUAUUUAUCAAAAUCAGGAAUCUGCUCUCUGCACCCUCUAUUAAGAGGCUGGGAAGAAGCUCUCGAAAAUGUGAUUAAAAGCACAAAGCCAGGGAAACUAAUCGGUGUAGCAAAUAAGAAGAUGAUUGAGUUAUUGGCUGAUAAUAUAAAUUUAGGAGAUCCGUCUUCAAUGUUAAAUGUGGUGGAGGAUUUAAUAAGCAUGGGUGAGAAGGAGUCCUUUAACCUGAAGCAGAAAGUGACAUUUCACGUGAUCAUGUCUGUGCUCGUCUCCUGUUGUUACUCAUCUUUGAAAGAAACCCACUUUCCAUUUGCAAUAAGAGUCUUCAGUUUGUUGCAGAAAAAAAUAAAGAAACUUGAAAAUGUCAUUACCGCAGUGGAGAUCCCCUCAGAAUGGCACAUUGAACUGAUGCUAGACAGAGGGAUACCAGUGGAGCUGUGGGCACAUUAUGUGGAAGAGCUCAACACCACCCAGAGGGUGGCCGUGGAGGACUCUGUUUUACUUGUAUUUUCCCUGAAAAAUUUUAUGUAUGCCCUGAAAGCUCCUAAGUCUUUUCCUAAAGGUGAUAUAUGGUGGAAUCCUGAACAACUGAAAGAAGACAGCAGGGACUAUCUGCACUUGCUUAUUGGACUCUUUGAGAUGAUGCUCAAUGGUGCCGACGCUGUUCAUUUCAGGGUUCUGAUGAAACUUUUCAUAAAGGUACAUCUACAAGAUGUUUUUCAGUUAUUCAAGUUUUUUUCUGUUUUAUGGACCUAUGGUUCUAGCCUUUCAAAUCCACUUAACUGCAAUGUGAAAACAGCGCUGCAGACCCAAGCUCUUUAUGUGGGCUGUGCAAUGCUCUCUUCUCAGAAGACACAGUGUAAACACCAACUGGCAUCCAUGUCUUCUCCAGUGGUGACAUCUUUACUCAUUAACCUGGGAAGCCCCAUAAAAGAAGUUCGUAGGGCUGCCGUUCAGUGUCUCCAGGUCCUCAGUGGAGUGGUGUCCCCUCUUCAUCUGAUAAUAGAUUAUUUGAUUUCUAAAGCAGAGGAGAUCACUUCAGAUGCUACGUAUGUUAUUCAGGAUUUGGCUACUUUGUUUGAGGAACUACAGAGAGAAAAGAAACUGAAAUCUCAUCAGAAGUUGUCCGACACUUUGAAAAACCUACUUAGUUGUGUAUAUAGUUGCCCAUCUUAUAUAGCAAAAGAUUUGAUGAAAGUACUUCAGGGAGUCAGCAGUGAGAUGGUGCUUUCUCAGCUAUUGCCUAUGGCUGAACAACUGCUGGAAAAGAUUCAGAAGGAGCCCACAGCUGUCCUGAAAGAUGAGGCCAUUGUUUUGCAUCUCACUCUGGGAAAGUAUAAUGAAUUUUCAUCUUCCCUUUUAAAUAAGGAUCCGAAGAGUCUAGAUAUAUUUAUAAAAGCUGUGCAUACAACAAAGGAACUUUACGCAGGAAUGCCAACCAUUCAGAUUACAGCCCUUGAAAAGAUUACAAAACCAUUUUUCGCAGCCAUAUCAGAUGAAAGAGUUCAGCAGAAGCUUUUAAGAAUGUUGUUUGAUUUAUUGGUGAACUGUAAAAACUCACAUUGUGCUCAGACUAUCAGCAGUGUUUUUAAAGGGAUUUCCGUUAACGCUGAACAAGUCAGAAUAGAACUGGAGCCACCAGAUAAAGCUAAAUCCUUGGGCACAGUUCAGCAAAAAAGAAGGGAAAAAAUGCAGCAGAAAAAAUCACAAGAUCUAGAAUCUGUUCAGGAAGUUGGAGGUUCCUACUGGCAAAGAGUAACUCUCAUCCUGGAAUUACUGCAGCACAAAAAGAAGCUCAAAAGUCCCCAGAUACUGGUGCCAACUCUCUUUAACUUGCUCUCAAGGUGUUUGGAACCCUUGCCACAAGAGCAGGGAAAUAUGGAGUACACCAAACAGUUAAUUCUUAGUUGUCUGCUCAACAUCUGCCAAAAACUCUCUCCAGAUGGUGGCAAAAUACCCAAAGAUAUUUUAGAUGAGGAGAAGUUCAAUGUGGAGUUGAUCGUUCAAUGCAUCCGCCUUUCGGAGAUGCCUCAGACCCAUCACCAUGCCCUUUUACUUUUGGGCACUGUUGCUGGAAUAUUUCCGGAUAAAGUUCUACACAAUAUCAUGUCUAUUUUUACAUUUAUGGGAGCCAAUGUCAUGCGCCUAGAUGAUGCUUACAGUUUUCAGGUUAUUAACAAGACAGUAAAAAUGGUUAUUCCCGCACUUAUUCAGUCUGAUAGUGGAGAUUCUAUAGAAGUUACAAGAAACGUUGAAGAGAUUGUGGUAAAAAUCAUUAAUGUAUUUGUGGAUGCGUUACCACAUGUCCCCGAGCACAGGCGCCUGCCCAUCCUUGUUCAACUUGUUGAUACACUGGGUGCAGAAAAAUUCCUCUGGGUUCUCCUCAUCUUGCUUUUUGAACAGUAUGUCACAAAAACAGUGCUGGCAGCUGCCUGUGGAGAAAAGGAUGCUAUUUUAGAAGCAGACACUGAAUUUUGGUUUUCAGUCUGUUGUGAAUUUAGUGUCCAGCAUCAGAUACAAAGCUUGAUGAAAAUCCUCCAGUACUUACUAAAGCUUCCAGAGGAAAAAGAAGAAACCAUUCCCAAAGCAGUGUCUAAUAAGAGCGAAUCACAAGAAGAAAUGCUACUGAUUUUUAAUGUGGAGACGCACACUAGCAAGCAGCUGCGGCAUUUUAAGUUUUUGUCAGUGUCCUUCAUGUCUCAGCUCCUGUCUUCCGAUAAUUUUCUGAAAAAGGUGGUUGAGAGUGGUGGUCCUGAGGUUUUAAAAGGCCUUGAAGAGAGGUUGCUGGAGACCGUUCUCGGCUAUAUCAACGCUGUCGCACAGUCCGUGGAAAAGAACGCAGACAAACUCACCGUGAAGUUCUGGCGAGCGCUCCUUAGUAAAGCUUACGACCUGUUAGACAAGGUCAAUGCCUUGCUGCCCACAGAGACAUUCAUUCCUGUCAUCAGAGGGCUGGUGGGCAAUCCCCUGCCAUCUGUUCGCCGGAAAGCACUGGACCUUUUGAAUAACAAGCUACAGCAGAAUAUAUCCUGGAAGAAGACAGUAGUUUACCGUUUCCUGAAGCUGGUUCCAGACCUUUUGGCCAUUGUGCAGCGUAAGAAAAAGGAAGGGGAAGAAGAACAAGCCAUCAACAGACAGACAGCGUUGUAUGCCUUAAAGCUUUUAUGCAAGAAUUUUGGUGCAGAAAAUCCAGAUCCUUUUGUCCCAGUGCUGAGCACUGCUGUGAAACUGAUUGCUGCAGAGAGAAAGGAAGAGAAGAAUGUCUUGGGAAGUGCACUGCUGUGCGUAGCCGAGGUGGCCUCCACCCUGGAAGCACUGGCCAUCCCUCAGCUUCCCAGCCUGAUGCCAUCGUUGCUGACGACAAUGAAGAACACCAGUGACCUGGUCUCCAGCGAGGUCUAUCUGCUCAGCGCCUUGGCUGCCCUGCAGAAGGUGGUAGAGACUCUCCCACACUUCAUCAGCCCCUACCUGGAAGGUAUUCUCUCCCAGGUGAUUCAUUUGGAGAAAAUUACUAGUGAAAUGGGUUCCGCCUCACAGGCCAAUAUCCGUCUCACGUCCCUUAAAAAGACACUGGCUACCACACUUGCACCCCGAGUCCUAUUGCCCGCCGCCAAAAAAACUUACAAGCAGAUUGAGAAGAGCUGGAAGAAUCACAUGGGUCCGUUUAUGAGCAUCUUGCAAGAGCAUAUUGGGGUGAUGAAGAAGGAAGAGCUCACCUCCCAUCAGUCUCAGCUAACCACAUUUUUCCUGGAGGCCCUGGACUUCCGAGCACAGCACUCUGAGGACGAUCUGGAGGAAAUUGGAAAAACAGAAAAUUGUAUCAUCGACUGUCUAGUGGCCAUGGUUGUGAAACUUUCCGAGGUCACAUUCAGACCCCUGUUCUUCAAGCUCUUUGAUUGGGCUAAAACUGAAGAUGCCCCAAAGGACAGGCUGCUGACAUUUUACAACUUGGCAGAUUGCAUUGCUGAAAAGCUGAAAGGGCUUUUUACUCUGUUUGCCGGCCACUUAGUGAAGCCUUUUGCCGACACCUUGAACCAGGUGAACAUCUCCAAAACAGAUGAAGCAUUUUUUGACUCUGAAAAUGACCCUGAAAAGUGCUGCUUGCUGUUGCGGUUUAUCUUGAACUGUUUAUACAAAAUCUUCCUUUUUGAUACCCAGCAUUUUAUAAGCAAAGAGAGAGCAGAAGCCUUGAUGAUGCCUCUGGUGGAUCAGCUGGAAAACAGGCUUGGGGGAGAAGAGAAAUUCCAGGAACGGAUGACAAAGCACCUGAUCCCUUGCAUCGCACAGUUUUCAGUGGCCAUGGCGGAUGACUCUCUUUGGAAACCACUGAACUACCAGAUUCUGCUAAAGACGAGAGACUCCUCGCCUAAGGUUCGAUUUGCUGCUUUGAUUACUGUGUUAGCACUGGCUGAAAAACUAAAGGAGAAUUACAUUGUCCUGCUGCCAGAAUCCAUUCCUUUCUUAGCAGAACUGAUGGAAGAUGAAUGUGAAGAAGUAGAACAUCAGUGCCAAAAGACUAUUCAACAGCUGGAAACUGUGCUGGGGGAGCCGCUCCAGAGCUACUUCUAAGACUGUGGUGUUUCAUACUCAGAGUUCAGAUUUAUUUUUUAUAUUUUUAUUUUUGGGUGUUGGGCGCCCUAUUACUUUUGGUGCCUUAAUACACCUACUUGGACUACUUACAAAUAUUUUAUUGUAUCUUUACAAAAUUCCCACCUGGUUUGUGCUACCACAUAAGCCUCUCCUGCCAAUUGUACAGAGCUGCAGAAAGAGUAAACGAUACACGGUCUUUUUAUACAGA